GUCUGUGCUCCACAAGUCUUUAUAGCCCACUGAGCCAAAGCCUAGACUUUCAGAAGUUCAACAACAACUUCCAUGAACAAGCUAAAACAUUUCAAUGGGCCAAUGACCUAGCUAGUGACUUUAAAAAAACAUUUGCUAUUUUUGUUUUAUAUUAUUCCAACAACAUAGAAUAGAAUUACAAUGAUGACCAGGAAUUUUAUAGGAUUCUAAUGUUAACCAUAGGGUUCCAAACUCAUUUCUAUGACAACACAGUGUUUAAAAUUGUAAACAGCAAUUUUCUAAAAUAUGUGUUGCCAAGAGACAUCUGACCAAUAAAACAUAUCGGCGUUCUAUUUAUUGAACGUUUUCUGUUCGAAAACAAGAACUUCAAUUUGCUGUUUAACAACAACAAAUUGACUGAUUUGUGAGACCUGAGAUUGAAAAAUCGACUGGAAAAUGCCUGGGUGCUUUUCAAGAUUGAUGGAGAGAGUGCGAGGACGUCGGCAGCCUACUGCGUCGACAGGUUGUUUAAAUUCAUUUGUGGGUUGUUUUUGUUGUCUUUUUCCGUUUCGCAGGGUUCGCGAUCGUCGGGAGGUGGACAGCGACAGCGACUUCGAAGAGGAAUCAAAUGUACUGGAUGAGGUCCAGUUGGAUGUGCCACUGCUGCCAGUCAUCCUUGAUGUCCAGGAUGCUGCUAUCAUCCUUGAGGAUGUGCCAGAUGUGCCGACUAUCCUUGAGGAGGCCACUGGUAAUUGGCAGUUGAUACCGAUUAGGUUCAGCUCCCUGUACUGUGGGCCUGUUGUGAUCAGAAACAAUGCCGGUCCGGUGGCUAAAGCUUGGAGAACUUUCCAGUUCAUCAGCCCCAUUAUCACCUACAUGCGUGGGGGAUCCCAGCAGGUGGUGGUGAGGAUGCACCAUGUGAGUAGGGUUCGAGGCCUGGAGACUCAACUGGUGUGGGCCAUCUCCAGGGAGACAGCCAUACUUAGUCCAGAGGGCAUCGCCUACUGUGCCACCAAGGUGCAGUCCGUCACUUGGAUCCAGUAUGUGGCUGGCAGGGUGACCCAGUAUGCUUCUCACCUCCGCCAUGAGACGUCUGUGGACGUGACGCUUGGCUGCUACCAGCAGACUGACGUCUCGGUGGUGUACGCCACUCUCCACAUGGGGCUGGAUGGGCUGCUCACCUCCUCGGCGUGGUCGGAGGCUGCCUCCGUCUCUACGCCCACCAAUCAGCAGUUCACUGAGCCAGAGCCUGAGGGCCACAACUGCUAUGAGGGCUGGGAGGAGGACCUGCUGCCUGAGGAGAGGGAGGUUCCUCUGCUAAACCUCUACCUUACCACCAAGAGAGUGGAGGACAUCACCCUGAGGCUCGUCUCCCUGCGCCAGGCCUUCACUGUGAGUGGACCUCCUUUUUCCUUUUCUCUCUGUGUCUUCUUGUUCUGUCUGUCUCACCCUAACUCUUCCCUCUUCUCUAGACCCUGCUUGGUUCCACCCUUAGCAGGAACUAUCUGUUUGUGGCGGGAAAGGUCCUAAUGGGCGCACUGGUUCAGGCACACCACAUGGACGAGGCCGAAUUCGUCCGUGCCUAUAACGACUUUGUGGACUACCUGAGUGACCCCUCCAAGCAGAUUGACAUUGAGAGGGAGCUGGCUGAGGCAAAGGUGAGUUCAUUAACUCUUUCAAGUCUCACCUUGAGUUCUUCCUCAUGCAUGUCUUUUAUACAUCACAGUAGCUGAUCUAUUUGAAAUCAUUCCUAUUUUCUCCAAACGUGUUUUCUUGUCCUAGAUCCAUCAUGUUAACCUGAUAGAUGUCCUCUUUGAACUGGUGAUGUUUGGGAUGAUGACAGCUCAGAAGUCCCUGAUGGUGGUAAGUAGCAUCUCACUGGUACAUGUUUUGAUGUCUCUCUAUUUGUAAUUUCACUUCAAUUUCUCUUCUCUCCUCCUCCUGUUUCCUUUAGCACCCUGGUGGGUUCAUGGAGCGUCUGUACGCUCUACUGAACUCCUUCCUGCCCGUAGCUGCCAGCAUUGAGCCAAAGGCCGAGAGAUACCUGCUGCUGCUCAAUGUAAGAUUCAAGAGUUUACUUCCCUAUUCCUAGUUUUCUUCCUCUUUACUUUUUCAUGAAUAACAGGGUUUCAAUGCCGUUUUACGUGGAGUAACUCUCAUUGUCUCUCUGCUCUUGAUAAGCUAGUAACUCAGAGCCAUUUUCUAUGUGUUGUGUGGUGUUCUCUUCAGGGCGGGCUGAUGGCUCUGCUAGAUGACAUGUUUGGGCAGCAGCUGGCCUGGUACUUUAACCCAGUGUCUCUGGUCACUGAGCUCUCCAGCCUCCUGGAGUACCACCUGGAGAACCUCAUGGCCAGCAUGUAGUCCUACUGCAGAGAUCUGAAACACCACACUUCUUUCUCUCUCUCAGGAAUUGAGGACUUGAAGUGCUUCGUUGAACCCUGAUUAGUUAACACCCAUUGAAUUAAUGUAUUCUCUUGUUUUCUCUCCCACAGGAUUCUGGUGACACUUUGCCACCACACAGGGGUCUAGACACAAAUGCACUACAUUACUUUGCACUGAAUUUUACAUUUUUAAAUAAAAUAACUAGUAGUUCAAAAGCAUUUGUCUCUGUCUUUUCAUUUACUUGAUUAUUUCAUCACUAUUUCCUCUUCCUGGAGUUAUGAGGCUAAUAUUACAUUAUUACAUGAACAAUUAUGCUUUAUUCUUUGCAUAUG